CUGUGGUCGUGUAAACCUGAGAUCGUCGCGAAAAAGAACACAUAUGCGUGGCACGUUUUUCUGCAACACAUUUACUUUUUCCCACUAUCUUUCUCCCUUUUAUCCUUUCGCCAAGCAGUAUAACAACAGCUGGACAGCAAUUGAUUAAGUUAGUGACUCGGCGACAGCUGAGCUUGCUACUGCUUGUUUUCGUUCGUUGCUUUAAUAUUUAAAUCACAUAAGUAACAUUUUGCAAAAUGUAUUAAUCUAAAAAUAUAUAACCAAACGGCAAUAUGAAACGAAAUAUAUAUAUUUAGCUUAAUUAAUAUUCUUUAUAUUGACAUUUAAACGAGUUAGACGUGCGGUUUAAAGUCCAACCAUCAUCGCCAUGGAUAAAUCCUACAUACAUCAGAUCGUCACAGAACCUAUAAAAAAUCUUCUCCGAUUACAUCGUAUAAAAGAAAUAAAAUGGAUGAAUUCACGAGCAUGUACAAACCAGGCAUAUAAUCCAACUGCCAUAGAACAUGUGGCUAAUGUGGCAACCCAUGGAAUUUGGAUAGUCCCUUCUAUAAUCUGCAGUUUAGAACUUGUUCGACGUUCUAUAACAUGGACACAGCUUAUUUCUGCGUGCGUUUACGGAACUUCACUGAUUCUUGUUUUUGUAGUAUCCACAUUUUUUCAUAGUGUCCAUUACUGUAAUCAUAACAGACAAUUAAAAGACGCAUUGCAUCGCUGUGAUCGUGCCAUGAUUUAUAUCUUUAUAGCUGCUAGUUAUUUUCCAUGGUUAAAUGUAGAUCAUUUCCCAGGUGAUAAACUACUUUUUACAAUGAGGUAUGCUGUUUGGAUUAUGGCAAUAUUAGGAAUCCUUUAUCAACAAAUUUUCCAUGAGCGUUAUAAAAUGCUUGAAACCAUUAUGUACUUGGUCAUAGGUAUUGGUCCAAGUGUAGCAAUUAUUAAUGUUAAUGACUACUACAACAUAACUGAAUUAAAAACUGGAGGAUUAAUUUAUAUUAUGGGUUUAAUAUUUUUUAAAUCAGAUGGCAGAAUACCUUGUGCACAUGCAAUUUGGCAUCUUUUUGUGGCUGCUGCUGCUGGAUUUCAUUAUUAUGCAAUUUUAAAUCAUGUAUUUCCUGCAAUAGGUUCAACGGUCUCAAUCGAUCUACCAAAUGUGCCACCAUUACCACAUAUAGUACAAUCUCACCUAGAGAUUUAGAUUGAGAUAUUAUAUUUUUCCUAUAUAUCAACAGUUUUGCAACAAAAAAAAAAGA